AUGGCAAGAAUGAAGAUGCUCGCCCGAGGAUAUGUGUACUGGACGAACAUCAACAGGGACAUCGAAGAAGCUGUACGCCACUGCCGUAACUGUCAAGAAGCUGCGAAGAUGCCAAAGAAGACAGUUCUCAAUUCCUGGACCACUGAGAAGAAACCGUGGGACAGAAUUCAUGUCGACUAUGCGGGACCACUGAAUGGUAGGAUGUACCUUGUGGUAGCGGAUGCGUAUUCGAAGUGGCCAGAAGUCUUUGAGAUGUCGUCGUCGUCAACCACUGCAACGUUGAGAGAACUCAGAAUGCUGUUCGCACGAUUCGGAAAUCCCAGCGUGAUCGUGUCAGACAACGGUACGCAGUUUACAGCGAAGGAGUUCCAGGAAUUCUGCGACAUGCAAGGAAUUGAGCACGUUCGCUCGCCGCCGUUCCGUCCACAGUCAAACGGUCAAGUAGAACGCUUUGUGGAUACCUUGAAAAGAACACUUCAGAGGACUGAGGAGGGAGGCACGUCGGAGAAACUUGCGAAAUUUUUGCAGUGCUAUAGAAGAACACCAUGUGCAUCAACGCCAGGACAUCUUUCUCCAGCGGAGGUGUUGCUAGGGCGCCAGUUGAGGACGUCAUUGACGCUGCUGAAGGAAUCAGCUAAAGAAGAAGGAACGCGCAAUGUGGAAAUUGAAGAAUAG